UGAUUCUCUUGACGCGACCAUGAUGAACGCGCAACAACCUACCGUGCCUUCAGCGUUACUUCCCGAAAUUCUCGAGUUUUCCCCUCAGCUCAUCCUCGACGACAUUAUAAACUACGCAAACGAAGCAAUAACAAACACCGUCGAUGCCUUAGAGGGCUUUCUGUUUCGUUGGGCAUCUGAGCGGGAACAGAGAGUUAAAGAGGAUUGGGAUAGCACGCAAGAAGUGGAACAGGGCCUCGUUUCUUUCCAGACGCUUCUCGAAUCGCAUACGGACAUUGCAUUUGACUUUUUCGAGACGUGGUCACUCCGUAACAUCUUCGCCAUUCCCGCCGAUCUUCCUGUCGUGGUCCCUCACCAAGAGAACCUUGAUCUCGAUUGCCCCCCAGAACGUGAAACAGAGCUCAUGACAGAGAUGGAUGAAUUGCGAAGAAAAAUAGAUGCUCAACGUCGCCUGAAGCGUGUGUUGACUCGCGCAGUCCGCUUGUCUUCAGCAAAACGCCGCCGUUCUGAACGUCGCCUGGAACAGCUCUGUUUCCUACAAGCACCGCAAGUGUCUGAACUUGCGAGCAUUCCAGAACAGUACCGCUCGAUGUUCUCAGCAGUAUCAUCGCUUCCGGUCCUUACACCUGAAGCUGUCGCUGCUUUUUCACAAUCACCGUUGGCAGACCCUGGCAAACGGCCGUGGGAAGUGAGUAAGAUGGGUUACCUCGACUGGGCCAGCAAGCAGGUGCUCGCAAAAGCACAGCAGCAUGAUGGUAGUGCUGGUAGCUCGGCAGUAGGGUCGCUGGUGGAAUCUACCACCGCAGUAGCGAAGACUCAAGAUCUCAGGCGACUGAUGGAAGCAAGCUCCGCCCUAGAGAAUACUUAACUGCGGCGGCGCGGCCCAUCACAAUAUUCUAGGUGAUAAUUUGUAGUGGAACGACGGUUUAUCAGGAGGUAAUAUGUACCACAUGUACCACGAAUUCAAAUAUCUUUUUUUUCAUCUUCAACGAG